AGCUGUAACAAUCUUUGUGCUUGAAGUAACAAUAAUAACUGCAUCAUUUUUUGUAAAAAGUAACAGCAAUGUUCUGGUUGUUGCCGUUCCCUUGUUACUUGUAACAAAUGUCGGUAGCGGGUUAGACCAAAGAAGAAAGAAAAGAAUGGUUACAAACCCCAAAAGUAGUAAAGUUUUCAGUUUUGAGUGUGUCUUUCAAUUACCUAACAGAACUGAACUGAAGAUAGUAACUUCAAGCGUUUUAGACCAAAAAUGGGUAACGCCCAUGGACACCGCCAUCGCAAACACCCCAACUCCGUUCCUCCGCCCCAUAUAUACGAUCACCCUCCACCAUUCCCAACCCCACCACCACCCAUAGCUAAUUCCAACAUGCUCUCUCUUCCUUAUACCCACGUAGACACCACCCUCCGCGCCCUCGCCGCCCAAGCCGAGGGCUUCGGCCGCUUCGCUGUUGGCGGCCUCCACGGUCCCCUUCACCGCGUCACAUCGCUCGCAGAUGACGGACCGGGGUCGCUGCGUGAGGCGUGUCGCGGAAAAGAACCAUUGUGGAUUGUGUUUGAGGUGUCCGGCACCAUUCAUCUCUCCUCGUACCUGAACGUGUCGUCUCACAAGACCAUCGAUGGUCGUGGCCAGAGGAUUAAACUUACCGGACAUGGGUUGCGCCUGAAGGAAUGCGAACACGUCAUAAUCUGCAAUUUGGAGUUCGAAGGAGGCAAAGGGCAUGAUGUUGACGCCAUUCAGAUCAAACCUAAAUCCAAACACAUAUGGAUUGAUCGUUGCACGCUCGCUGAUUAUGAUGACGGACUUAUAGACAUCACACGUGAAAGCACAGACAUUACUAUCUCAAGGUGUCACUUCUCUCAGCAUGAUAAAACUAUGCUUAUUGGGGCUGAUCCAUCGCAUGUUAACGAUAGGUGCAUGAGGGUCACUAUACACCAUUGUUUUUUCAAUGGGACGCGACAGAGGCACCCUCGUGUUAGGUUUGCGAAAGUGCAUCUCUAUAAUAAUUAUAUCAGAAACUGGGGCAUAUAUGCUGUGUGUGCUAGUGUGGAAGCCCAGAUAUUCUCGCAGCAUAAUAUCUAUGAAGCCAGACAGAAGAAGGUGGCCUUUAAGUACCUUACUGAGAAGCAUCACUGCAGGCAGCAGACAAGGAAGUGGGAACAAGUGGCUACAUAAGGUCUGAGGGAGACUUGUUCUUAAAUGGUGCUGAACCAGGGUUAAUGACUGAGAAUGGAGGAUGCAACAUGUUUCACCCCAGUGAACACUAUCCCUCAUGGACAGUGGAAGCUCCCACAGAGGAUCUUAAACAUAUUCUUCAUCACUGCACUGGAUGGCAAUCUGUUGCUAGACCAGCAGAUCAAGCACUAUGAGCACAAUAGUCAUUUUCAUAUGUAAAUAAAGUAUAGGCUAAGUAUGGAUUAUUAAAUGAGUACUACACCUGUGUUAAAUUACUAUCACAGUUUACUAGAGUGUAAAUUACACUUAAUCAUCCCACUAUCUUUUACUACAAGGAAAUGCACUCUAAACUUACUACA